AUGAAGAGCAAGUUCAUCAAAUCCUGCGAGAAGAAACUCAAAAAGAUGACAGGCAAAGUCACACUAUCUUGUACUUCUUGCGAGACAUGCUUGGAAAGAAUCUGCUGGGCGUUCAAGAAAGAAGCUGAUCAGGUGAUACCAAGAGAUGUUCCUAAAGGACACUUGGUUGUCUAUGUGGGUGAGGACUGCAAGAGGUUUGUGAUAAAGAUCAGCUUGCUUCAACACUCACUCUUCAGGGCAUUGCUUGAUCAAGCACAGGAUGCUUACGGUUUCAAUGCUGACGCCAGACUUUGGAUUCCUUGCAAUGAGAGCACUUUCCUUGAUGUUGUCCGGUGCGCUAGUGCUCCACAGCAUCAGAACUGCAUGUGUAUCUAG